CGGAAAUCCACUAGGUGUCUGGAAAAAAUUUUACACUACGAUCGAAUGUGACUGUUUACAAGUUCACAGAUAUUUGAUUCAAUUUGACUGUUGACAGUUCAGUUUGUUAAAAAUUACGAAAAUGGCUUAUAUGGAUAAUGUUCUUCAAUCGUUCACAACUACUGCACCACAUAAUACAAUACCAGAUUGGCUUAAUUCAGAGCAAAGCACAGGGACUUCAAUUAUGGCAUGUGAAUUUAAUGGUGGUGUGGUAAUAGGAGCUGAUUCUCGAGGUACAACGGGAACUUAUGUCUCCAAUCGUUUUGCCGAUAAAUUAACGAGAGUGACAGAUUAUAUUUAUUGCUGUCGAUCUGGCUCGGCAGCAGAUACUCAGGCAAUUGCAGACGUUGUAGCUUAUCAUUUAGGGUUACAUCAGAUGGAGCUUGGAACGCCACCUUUAGUGGAAACUGCUGCCAAUGUAUUCCGUGAAAUAUGCUAUAACUACCGAGAUUCUUUAAUGGCCGGGAUCCUAGUUGCAGGAUGGGAUAAGCAGAAAGGUGGUCAGGUUUACAGCAUUCCCAUAGGCGGCAUGUGUGUCAGACAGCCAAUUUCAAUUGGUGGUUCAGGCUCAACGUAUGUCUAUGGCUAUGUGGAUGCUCAAUACAAACCCAAUAUGUCAAAAGACGAAUGUCUCGGGCUGGUAGAGAACACACUUGCAUUAGCAAUGGCUCGUGAUGGUAGCAGUGGCGGUGUAAUACGAACUGGUGUGAUUACAGAGAAAGGAAUUGAGAGGAAAGUCAUACUAGGCAACGAAUUGCCGCGCUUUUAUGAAGGGUGAAAAUUAUGUCAUUCAAUGUUUAAUAUAAAAUGUAUGCGAGAUAUAUGCCGCAUUUGCUAAUUAAAAUUAAAGGAAAACUU